AUCUUCCAAAUUUUCUGCGUUUGACCCGUUUAUUGCCUAUCAAUGAAGCCGACAUCAAUAAUUGAUAAUUCCGUUUUCCAUUGCCCCUCCCUGUUAUUUAUAUGUCAGUCCUUUGAGAUUGGAACUCAAAGGCAAAGCAAAGGUCGCCAAAGCCAAAUCCAUAGCAGUCCAUCCUUUUGCAGCACCCGACGAAGCUCAAACUACUGCAAACCUACAAUAUCAACAUAUUUUCUCCCUCUAUCAAUGGCAACAAGCUUAAGCUCACAUAUAAGCCUCCAAACUUCAGAAUCCAAAAUUAGUGAUUUUCCUGACUGGUAUUCGCCGGAAACAGGAAUCUAUUCCAGCAAACAUCCCUCUAUAUCUCUCCCCACGGAUCCAUUUCUUGAUAUUGUUUCCUUCGUUUUCUCUCACAAACAUGAUGGGGUCACUGCUUUGAUCGAUUCCUCCUCUGGGUAUUCAAUACCUUAUUCAAAGCUUUUACCUUUAAUCCAAUCCAUGGCCUCUGGUCUCCACCACCUAGGUGUUUCUCAAGGUGAUGUAGUCUUGCUUCUGUUGCCAAAUUCUUCUCACUUUCCCAUCAUUUUCUUCAGCGUUCUAUAUUUAGGUGCAAUAGUUAGUGCCAUGAAUCCACUAAGUAGUACGUUUGAGAUCAAGAAACAGGUUUCUGAUUGUAGUGUACGUUUUGCUUUUACUUCACUUGAAAAGAUUGACCAACUCAACAACUUGGGUGUUCAUGCAAUUGGGGUACCACAAAACAUCGACUUUGAUUCAGAAAAUAUUGGUUUUUCCCCUUUCCAUGAGCUUAAUGGUGGCCGAUUUGGUAAAGCACCAAGGCCAGUAAUUAGGCAGCAAGACACUGCAGUAAUUAUGUAUUCAUCAGGUACUACAGGUGUUAGUAAGGGAGUUGUAUUAACACAUGGGAAUUUAAUAGCUACGGUUGAGCUUUUUGUAAAAUUUGAAGCUUCACAGUAUGAAUAUUCAAGUUCAAAGAAUGUUUAUUUAGCUGUGGUGCCUAUGUUCCAUAUCUAUGGAUUAUCACUUUUUGUGGUUGGAUUGUUAUCACUGGGUUCUACCAUUGUUCUCAUGCGGAGAUUUGAUGGCAAUGAAGCGGUGAAACUAAUUGAUUACUACGGAGUUACUCACUUUCCACUUGUUCCACCUAUACUAACAACAUUGAUAAUGACAGCCAAAGGUGCUACCAAUACUGAAAAUAGCUUCAAGAGUUUGAAACAGGUUUCUUGUGGUGCUGCUCCCACAAGCAGGAAAAUCAUAGAGGACUUUUUUCAGGUUCUUCCUCACGUUGAUUUCAUUCAGGGUUAUGGCAUGACUGAAACAAGUGCAGUAGGAACUCGUGGAUUCAACACCCAACAAUGUCAUAAAUAUUGUUCAAUAGGACUUCUUGCCCCAAAUAUGCAAGCUAAAGUGAUGGAUUGGAAUUCUGGCUCUCCUUUGCCUCCGGAAUAUUAUGGCGAGCUUUGGCUAAAGGGACCUGCGAUUAUGCAACGAUACUUGAAUAAUGAUGUGGCCACCAAGAUGGCAAUUGACGAAGAUGGUUGGCUACGUACUGGUGACAUAGUUUGUUUUGAUGAAGAUGGGUAUUUGUAUGUAUCUGACCGCUUAAAAGAGAUUAUAAAGUACAAUGGCUAUCAGAUAGCACCUGCUGAUUUAGAGGCAAUAUUGAUUUCCCAUCCCCAUAUACUUGACGCUGCUGUAAUUGGAGAAAUGGAUGAAGUAUAUGGGGAGAUACCAGUGGCAUUUGUGGUAACAAGGCAUGGUAGUACACUCAACCAGGAAGAUGUGAUGGGCUUUGUGGCUAUGCAGGUUGCACCUUAUAAGAAAAUAAGAAAGGUGGUGUUUACAAAAUCAAUACCAAAGUCUGCUACAGGCAAGAUCCUUCGAAGAGAACUUAAAAAGUUGUUAAGCUCAAGUUGUAGACUGUAACAUCAUCUUUGAGUUUAUUCGCCUUUUAAGUUCAACGUUCCAUAUUUGUGCUUCAUGUAAUUAUAUUUACCAUAUCUGCAGUGAAAUAGAAUCCUCAGAUUCUGCAAAAA